CUCACUUCAACAGGCGUCGUGCCUUUCAGCGCCAUCGGGUAUGAGCACAAGGGGCGACCGUGUGAAGGAGGGCUAUCUCAAGAAGCUGCCUCCUCUAUCGAAAGGACCAAGCCGUAGGGAUUUCAAGAAAAGAUGGUUCGUGCUGUGGGAGUCAUGCCAUCUCGCGUACUACAGGCAGAAAGACGGCGACGCAAUUAACGAAAUCAAUCUGGCGACGUGUACUGGCGUCGAGUCGAACUACCGGAAAGAUGGUCUGACGCGCGACGGCGACGCUGCCCUCUUCAUGAGCACGGAAGAACGCAACUGGCUCUUCCUCGCCGACAACUGCGACGACAUGCAGGCCUGGGCGGACGCAAUAGAGCGUCUUGUACGCGUUGCCAAAGGUGAGCCUCCUCCUGUGCAACCUCGCCCGUUAGAUACUCUUCCGAAAGAAUCGACUCCAGACCAAGAAGUCCGUCCACCGGCUCGUCUACCUGUUUCUGGAAUAAAUCUAGCCCAUCCUGCACUGUCAACUGAUACUCAACAAAUACAUAGUCAGAGUUUUCAUGGCACGGACCCUCGUUCUAUGGUAAAUCGUCCGUUGCCUAUGGUUCCUCCUAACGAAGACUUGAGACCGGCGUUGCCCAGUAGUAUGCCUCAUGGAAGUGGAUACCCUAUGCCAGUACAAGGAAAGUCGAUGACAUUGCCUGGACGGAGAGCACCACAUCAUGACUACAUAAACACAGAUGCACAGUUGUUUACUAAUCCGGCUUCGUCGUCUCAACUUGCUCCCUCUCCGUUUCAUGGUGUUCCGACGCCGUUAGGCCGGACCUUCACUCCUCCUGCUUCCUAUACGCGAGAACAACUUGAACGACUCGCACAACUUGAUGAGAAUUAUGUAUCAUUUCAGAGGGAGCAACUUGCCAAACAACAGUCUAACAGUACUGGUUAUGUGAAAAUGAACAGUCCUACAUCGCCUUUUAUGUCAGAUAUGCAUUACAGACCCGAUAGUCGAGCAUCACUUCAGUGGGGGCCGUCAUAUGGUGACGAGCCAAAACCAGUCCGUGGCUAUGUGAACCUCGAUCCAAGUCAGUUGCCUCCAGAACCGCCUCCACGACCUCAUGGACAUUGAUGACCCAGCAGCUGGACUGUACAGAGGAUUGAAAGUGUAUAAUGUCCUUUGCAUUACUUGACCUCUCCGUGAUAUGCUUAGACAAGCUGCCAAUGUUUUCUACAAGUACAUGUUUCAAGUUGUGUUGUGUGUUUCUAUAUGAUUGAAGUAGGGAACUUAGUAGUGGGUAGUAUUGUUUUUUUGAAGAUGGGUGAAAGACAGUUCUAGUUGUCGAGUUGAUAUUUUACAAUAAAUUAAAUGAGUUUCCGAGUUGCA